UUCGUUGAAUUUCGGUUUGUCACUCAUUCGCUGGCGAACAGCAGCGCUAGUUUGAGAUACAAUUUUCUAUAUUUUAUUUCGCUUCAAUCGCGUGUGCGUCGCAUAGUAGAGAACAACACACUAGAAAAUACAAAAAAAAGAUACAAAAAUAAUAUAAAAUAAAAGCGAAAGAAAAUAAAAAUUUAAAGUGAAUGUACUCUUGGCGGCAGAAGAAGAAGAAUUUUAAUUCCUUUUGCAACCCCCCGCAGCAGUGUUUCUUUCCUCUUUCUUCCUCAGUUUUACUAUUUCUUUUAUACUGAGGGAAAUAUACGCCCAUUUAUGCUAUGAAAUCAGUUUGUGUCGUAAACUAAAUAGAGUGCGGGAAUUUUAUUAAUUUAGUUUAACAAAAAAAAUAUUAAUAAUAAUUUGUAUCUACCAAAAGAUAAAAGAUUGAAAUAAAAAAUUAAAUAAUUCGGUGUCGUCGUCGUCGGUUCGUGUGUACUGUGCAUGUUAUUACGACAUCACAGCGAGUAAAGGCGAAAAACACGUUUUUCCCCCGAGAGGCUCUCGUAAUCGUCGUCGAAGUCGAAGUCGUCGUCGCAGCCGUCUUUUUUUUUGUUGAAAUUUUUAGUGCUUGUUCGGGGCUUAAAAACAAGUGAAAAUUUACAAAUACAAAGAAGAAAAACACUUAAAGACUUUUUAUAUGGACUGUGAAAAAGAAAUUCAAAAAAAUAUUUGUUAUUUGUGUAAAAUACAAAAACUCAAGAACAAAAAAGAAAACAACAAUAUAUCAAAAAUUGUUGUAAAAUAAAGUGAUAUAAAAAUUAAAUAAAAAAAAACUACAAAACAAAAUAAAAAUAAAUUAUGUCAAAGAACGCGGAAGAUGCGUUCGAAAAACUUCACAAAAUCGCCUAUGAGCCCAUAACUGAAGACAUUGUCGACUGGUGUAUACGCGGAAGCGAUGCGUAUAGAGAACCAAGCACUUUAUCUUCAUUAACACCCCACAGCUCUCCAUCAUCACAUCAUCAACAAAUGAAGAGGCGACGAAAAAAGAAGAACUCUUUUACACAAGCUGCAGUCUAUGCAGCCAUAACACAUCAUCAAGACUCACAAUCACAAUCAUCAUCACCACCGCCAGCAACUGCAGCACCAGUAGCAGCAAUUCAUUCACCACCUCAACAACUCACCCCUCUCCUUUCGCCAUCGAUGAUGACGCCGACAAAGACGACGACGUUCAACAAUCAUCUGCAGCAUUUGUACCCACUGAAUAUUCCAGACAUUGCCACCGAAAGGAAGGCGGCCAGAUCCUCCCAAUAUUACGAGCACAACAAUUCCAACUACGGCAACAGUAAUAGCUUGAAUCUGUAUUACCUGUACGGGGACUCCCUGGCGCGCUGUGGUCAGUUGCGCGAGGCCUUCGAUAUUUAUGCAUUUAUAGCGAGCAAUUAUCUAGACGGGUGUGUCCCGUUAGCGCGUUUAAAAGUUCUCUCGUCCACAUUGAUCGAUUACAUAAGCAGCACACAAGCUUCGAAAACAACUCCCUCUUCCCCAGUUGCACCCGCAAUGCGAAGGGUAGCCAGUAGCAGUCUAGCUAUGGAGUCCAAUUCUACGAUCAGUGGUGCGAUGGGAGCCUCCACUCUACCGCUGCUGAGUGCAAACACCAACAGCAAUUGUGACCGAGUGAGAUAUUCUAAAAAUAAACGUAUUCAGCGAUUUUGGAAAGAUGGGGGUGCUGGCGGCGCCAGUAGUGGUGGUGGGCGAUAUAAUGAUGUAGCUGGGCUAUGCGACGAAAGUCAUGUAGACUUUUGUGACACUUUGCCCAAUGACGCCAACAGCACCGGUCUAAAGCAGCCCAUCUCUCUGGCAACCGAGGUGAUGGAACUAGACCCACUGAUGUGUCCCCAAUGUCGAGAUAUUCUCCGGUGUCCAGUGACGGCAAAUUGUGGACACAGUUUUUGUCGAGAUUGUUGUGAAGCAGCAACCAUGUGUCCUGUAUGUCGUGUGAAAUUUCCAACGUCAGUUAAUUCGGUAGCAGCUGCAGCUGCUGCAGUGGUUAAAUCAUCCGAAUUCCCGCAACCGCCAUCGUCGUCGUCGUCGUCAGACCAAAUGAUGGCAUCCUUAUACAAUUCCUAUGCAAGUGCGUCACAAUAUAUGAACUUUACAUCCGAUAGAGGAGGACCAACUCCGGCCAGAGCCAUCACCAACACGGCUGCUCUAUUGCAUAACAACAACAACAACAUCACCAACAGCAGUGGCAAUGGCAAUGGCAGUGGUAGUGGCAGCGUCAGCGUUGGAAAUUAUCAUCCGCAUGCCAACGGCAAUAAUAAUAUUUCAAUGAAAUUUAUGCCGGAUGUGCUCGUCAGGCGGCUGGUAGAUAAAUGGUGGGGUGCCGAUUUGCAGGCCAAAACAAUCAACGAAAGGGCAGCAAGUUUCUUGAGCUUGAAUCUUCUCGAUGACGCCCUGAAGUUCUGCAAUGUCAGUUUGGAAAAAUGUCCAAAUAAUUUCAACAGUCUUUUAUUGCGGGCCGAAGUCCUGAGGAGACUCAACCAUUACCAAAGUUCUUUAGCAGACAUUGACCAUGCUCUGCGGAGAAAAUCCUCAUCAGCUAAGGCCCAUUAUCAUCGCUCACUGGCACUUUGUGGAUUAGGUCGUUUAGAUGAAGCACUUGUUGACCAUUGUCUGGCAGUUUGUUUCGAUACUAAAAAUUCCCAGCUCUCUUCAACCGAACUCUUUCAACAUGAUCUCGCCAAGCUCCUGCAAAAACUUUUGGCACAAUCUCCAAAGAAAAUCCAUCUCAACUCGUUGUCGUCGUUGUCAUCGUCAUCACCCAAUUCAGCACCCUACGAUAUUGUCCUCGAGAGUCGACAAAGAAGGAAACAGAUAGUAUUACAGGGCGCCUCGUUUAAGGGGGAUGAGUGCAUUAUAAAUGCUACUGAUGCAACCACAGACUGUGACCUUCUGCGGCAAGGCUCACGUAAACAUUGUCGCAGAAAAUCCUAUAGUAUAAAUCGUAGGCAACAACAACAACAACAAAAACCACAAGUCGUAGAAGAAAAGCCAACACAGUUGGUGAACUUUUUUGGAAGCGCACGUUUCGAUAGUAUUUUGGAAAGAACUCAACAAGAAGUACAAAGAAUCAAAGAAUCCGAAUCAAAUUUAAGUCAAGAACAGCAGCGACAUCUCCUGCCGGUUAAUCCUAAUCUUAUUGAUGCAUCAGACUUCGAUUGUGUACUGUGCUGUCGGACGUUUUGGAAGCCUGUGGUGACGCCUUGCGGCCACACCUAUUGUUGGGUAUGCUUGGACCGAUGCAUGGAUUACUCACCCUCGUGUCCAUUGUGUAUGUCGCCACUUGUUGAACAGCAUGUGAAUGUUUUGCAAGGCUCAUCCUCACCAGUUCCUUUCAUUCUUGCCAAGAGGCCAGUUACGAAAUUCCUUGAAGCAGCCAUGAAACGAUUCAUUCCAGAGUGCUAUGAGAAGCGUUUCCAACAGGAAAUGGACCUGGAGCCAUCAGUUCCGGUCUUUAUUUGCACCACAGCAUUUCCACACGUUCCCUGCCCAUUAUUUGUCUACGAGCCAAGAUACCGACUUAUGGUCCGACGAGCCGUCGAAUCCGGCGAGAAACAAUUUGGUAUUGUCCAGCCGCACAGUGGCAAGUCGAGGUAUUUUGAUGUGGGCACUAUUCUCGAUAUACGGGAUUGUGUGCUUUUGGGUGAUGGUUGUUCGAUAUUGAGCACUGUUGGAUGUAAGAGAUUCAGGAUACUUGCCAGAAAUGAAAAGGAUGGCUAUGAAACGGCCAAAGUCGAAUAUAUUUACGAUGAGAUUAUAACAGAGGAUACAAUUCCGUUUAUUAGUAGUAUGCAUGCGUCGGUGCUGAGCAAGGCAAUUGAAUGGUAUGAGAGUUUGGGAACAGAAAUUAAGGAGGAGAUUUUAAGGAGCUUCGGUGGAAUGCCAGCUGUGGAGGAUAAUUGGGAGAGUAUUGCUGAUGGACCGGCGUGGGCGUGGUGGAUAAUUGCACUUCUGCCACUCAAUCAGCAAUUGAAGGUGGAUAUCUUAGCUACAACGAGUUUAGAAAAACGACUUCGUGCCAUUGAAAAAACUCUCGAUUGCAUGUCUGGAACAUUUAAGCGUUCUCAACAAAGUUGUGUUGUUGUUCAUCGUGAAUGCAUUCAGCCAUGUCAAGCCGUCGAAUGCUGUCAACGUUCCUCAUCUGAAUUGUCCAGCAGCAGUGAUUCCCAUGCACCAAGUGAACAUUCACACUUGAUGCUUUAGUUCCUGAUGGCUCUAAAAGAAGUUUAAAUAAUAACAAAAACAAGUUACCAACAGCAAAAUUAACUAUGCUACUACUAAUCGACCAUUACACUAAACAUUUAAUUAGAUUUUAAUUUCUUUUUUUAAUAACAAUUUAAAAAAGCAAAAAGAAGAAUACACUAUUUUUUGUUUUAAAUUUAAGUAAAAAUAAAUAUGUAUAAGUGUUGUAAUAGUGAAACUAAUUUUAAAUUAAAUUUAAACAAACAAAAAACAAAAAAAUCAACCAACUUUAUAGCUUUAGGGAUGUUUUAGCCCGCGCAUCUGAGCCGUUGUCAUCCUAAACAUAAUAUAUUAUAAUUAUAUUAUUAUUAAAUAUAAAUACAAACUAUAUUGUAUAUUCGAUGUAUAAUCUAAAAAUCGUAUUCGUAUUCGUAUUCGUAAAAUGCGUAUUCUUCUCAUCUUUUUAGUAUUCUUUUCCGUUUUUGUUUUUAAAUAUAGUAAACUUUCUUCUCGUCAAACGUAGGAACACAUCUUGGGGGCCAAAAUAAAAAUAUUAUUAAUAAAACAAUACAAACAAAAUUCGUAUAACCAAAUUGUUUCCAAAAGAAAAAAAACACUAAUAGAAAAAAAUUAUUAUAUAAAAUUAUAACUUACAAACAAUCAAACUUUUAGAGGGAAUUAUAUAUAGAUAAAUAAAAUUAUAUAUAUACAUUUAUAUUUAUAUAUAAACAAAAUAUUUAUGCAAAUUUUAGCUAGAUCUUUCUCUUACUAUUACAAAAUUUGUUAUCCAUAUUACAUUAUAUACUUAUAUCAACAACAUAACAAAAUAGAUAUUUUUACUAAAAAAACAAAACAAAAACAAAAAACUAACAAAAAAUUUAAGAAAAAAAUAAAUGUUAAUAAUAGCAAAAUGUUUAAUUGGUUCAAUUUAUUCCACAGUACAGAAUUUAUACAUUCCGAUAAAAAGAAAUUAAUUAAAAUAAAAUAUAUGUAAAAAUAUGUAACCAUUACAUACAAAUAUAAUCUAGGGAAUAUAUACUUGUAUCUUAUAGAUGGUUUAGUAAAUAAAUGUAUUGUGUAUAUUCUAAAAACAAAAAAUGUACAGUAAAUAUAUAAAUUAAUUAUAUAUAUAAUAUAUAUAUAUUUUGUAUAUGUCAAUAGUCUCGUUUAGCCAAUGAACUACACGGUUUCCAAAUGUGUAACAUUAACAAUUUUACUAUCCAUUAAAUGUUCUCAGAAUGAUUUAGAUCAAAAAUUAAAAUAGACAUACAUUUUCCAAAAAUACAAAACAAAAAACACACAAAAUAAAAUAAAAUAUAUUAAAACAAAAAUUAUUAUCGACGGCAACUGAAUGACAAUCUCGUGUUAAAGCGCCAUCGCGUUCGUUUCUUAAUAACUCAAAAACAGAAAAAAAUAUUUUUCAAAAUAUGCAAAAUGACUCACAGAAUAAAACAGAAAAAUAUGAAUUCACAACCAACUUUUACUAUGCAUAGUUUAAACAAUAACAAAACAAAGAAAUAACACUCACAAAAAAUUGCUAAAUGAAAGUUUAAAACAAAUUAUUAUUAAAAAAAUAAUUACUUUUUUGUCUUUUUGUCCUCCUCCAAUAUUCAUUCCCAAGAGAGUUUCUUCUGUAUCCGAUUUUUAUAUAACCUCUAUGCAUACAAAGUCUCUUUAAACAAUUUAUUUAACAAAAAUAUUUAAACAAAAUGAAAACAAAAAUAAAUUAAUUACUUUUUUAACUCUUAGAUAAUAAUUACAAAAUUAUAUUACUUUAUAUUAUAGAAAUGGAAUUUAAACAACAACAAAAAAGAAUUAACCUCGAACAACUCACAAUUUUAUUUAUUAACUUUAGUUAUUUAAAAUUAAAACAAAAAACAAAAAAUACAAAUAAAAAUUAUAAACUGAAACAAACAAUUUUUUAAGCUGUGAAUAUUAUCUUAUAUUAUGUAUGUAUGUGUAUUUUUUAUUAAAAUUAAUAUUUUUCUGUAAUUUGUAUUAAAUCUAGUAUAUUUGUAUAUUUUUCUCAAUUUCAAAUAUGAAACAA